AUGAUAUGGGAAAGAGUUUUUGCAUGCAUAGGGGUCGCGACAGUCGUCUGUAUCCUCGUCAAUCUCCUCUCAGUUGCAUACAAAUUCCUUCAUCGCUCCCGGCUACCCAAAUAUUUACACGAUGGGAAAGAGUCGUACGCCUUUAUCACAGGGGCCACCGACGGAGUUGGCCGUUCUAUGGCCUACGAGCUAGCAAAGAAUGGCUUUAACCUUGUUCUUCACGGUCGAAACUGCGAAAAAUUACAGGCUAUUACUGAGGACCUACAAGAUCAAUACCCAGCCAUCAAGACUCGCCAUUUUGUCUGCGAUGCAUCGAAGGACCUGUUGGAGUCUUCCACCUUAUCUGGCUUGCGCAAAGUGUUACAGGAUAUUCACCUUACCAUUCUGAUCAACAACGUCGGCGGAAUGGGCUGCCUGCCGCCUGAUUGUCUGUUCCAAGCCUACGAGGCAUACACGGGAGAACAAAUCGAUACCGUACUCAAUGUCAACAUCCGCUUCAUGGUGCAACUUACCCGUUUCAUCAUUCCGCUGCUAGACCACCCCCCCUCUACCACUUCCAAGAAGACGAAGCGGCAACCCUCGCUGAUUCUAAAUAUGGGCUCCGUAGCUGCUCAUGGGUCUCCAUACGUCAGUGUAUACACUGGAACAAAAGGAUUUGUUGCUGCAUUCUCCAACUCGUUAAGCAUGGAGAUGCAAAUGGAAGGAAAAGACAUUAAUGUCCAAGUUUUAAUACUUGGUGAAGCUAGGAGUGGUUCACAUAUUGUUAAGGAAGGAUUUUUGAUCCCUAACUCUCAGGUGUAUGCGCGUUCCGCAUUGAAGAGGAUUGGAGCUGAUAGGGAUGCAAUUGUUUCUGGUUAUUUCCCUCACUGGAUUGCCAUGACCAUGGUUCAAAUCAUGCCCGAGAGCGUGUCUAGGCGACUGUUUAUUGAUGCUGUUAAGGAAAAGAAGGCAGCUCAUAAGAAGCGAAUGGCUUCCAUGGCAAGCUAG